GAGAAACCUCGUUCGCCAACCUCGCUUGCAUGAUUGACUAGUUUCGACCUGGAUGUCCUAAAUUCGGAUCGGACGUUGCGUUUCUACAGUUGUUUCUAAGCAUCGGAGGCCCACGGAUCCCAGAAGACUGAAACUUUCCAUUCACUUCAUUCAUUGCAAGCGAGCUCAAUUCAGGAGUACAUACUCCUGAGCAACAUUAGUAGACUUCAAUGCCAAGGCGCGACCAGUACUGUACCAACUUGAAGACUGAGAGUCCGCCUCGUCUAUCCCUAAGAUUCAUCGCUGUGCCGAAAAGCAUUGGGAAGUAUAUCAUUACCCUCUGUGGAUCUGUCUUCGCAUUCUCUUGCAUGUCACAGACUGUACGUUUUCGCACCGUAUCUGUCCCCGCAUGGAAAAGAAUUUUCAUGAAAAACCGUUCCGAAACAGCUCUCCUUGCACCUGAACUGGAUUCUGUGUUCCGAGUCACAGUCGAGGCACCAGCGCUGGUUUGUGAUAAGACUCGGACCCGCUUGUGUCCGAGUCUUAUCGGCGCAGACUGGCGGCAUGGCGGUCAGAGAGAGUGUCUUCGAGCCGUAAGAUACUCUUUAAAAAAUAGGUGGCGUCCCGGGGCUGCGAUUGUGGCCGAAGGGAAUUCUCCUCGGAGCUGAACUGAGCGCAGCAUGUUGUACGAGGGGGCGGACCGGUGGCCAAACUUGGUGUACAAAGCUUCGCAGAAAAAGCGAAGAGGCUUCGGAUGUUGGCAGUACUCUGCUUCAAGUGUAGAAACUAUAUUUCUUACUGCGUUUCUGGUUACCAGUAUCCGGGAAGGCGAGCAGCUGCAGCUGCAGCCGGGGAUAACGCACUUCGCCACCCGUUCUCCGGCGUAAGCAAACGAUGCACUCGAUCCCCAUGCAGGCCUGGUCAGGUCAGUUCCGGUCAGGGCGUGAUCUGCCUCUUCCCCCGUCCACUCUUCCAACUUCUUUCCCCUUACAUUCCGUCUGGGAAAAGUUGGCCCUGUGGUAAAGCUUGAGGCCCCGAGACCUUCCCUAUCACAUGCGUUCCAACCCUGAAUAGAAGAAGUAGGGUCCUGAUUCAGGUCACACCGGGAACUGCCGCGUGUUAUGCCCAAUCGAAUUUCUAACACAAAAAAUCUAACGACAGCCAUGCAACUGUUGUACCUGGCCAACUGGAAUGCCCUUGGUCUAAACUAUAUCUUCAUCACAUUUCUGAUGUAUCAGAUUUGUUUCAUUUUUCCACUUUAUACUAAGACA